CGAGGCAGCCCCGGCGAGCGGCCGUGCGGCGCGCACAGUGCGGAGGGGUCGGGACGCCGGAGGGCGGAACUCUGCCGGCCCCGAGCGCGGCGUCGCAGCCCCAGGCCGGCAGUUGCCACCACCCGACCUUCGUUCCAGUUGUGGCUCCUCCCGGCAACAUGUCAAAAGCCGCUGGCCGUGCAGCUGCCGCCGCCACCUGGGGCAGAGCAACAGCGGCGACCGCGGGCGCGCGGGGCCAAUAAGCCGAACCGCCCGGCGUCCAGGGCACUCUCGCCGCGCUCCCUGCUCCCGCGGGCCCUGCGCCACGUGCUGAGCCAUGCCCCUCGCCGCGCGCGCGGGCAGCGCAUGGGGCAGCGCCUGAGCGGCGGCCGGUCCUGCCUCGAUGUCCCCGGCCGGCUCCUGCCGCAGCCGCCGCCGCCCCCGCCGCCGGUGAGGAGGAGGCUCGCGCUGCUGUUCGCCAUGCUCUGCGUCUGGCUCUACUUGCUCGUCUACUCUUGCGCCGGCUCCUGCGCCGCCGCGCCCGGGCUGCUGCUGCUGGGCUCCGGGUCCCGCGGCGCCCACGCCCCGCCGGUCCCGGGUCCCGACGGGCCUGCCCAGAGGCUCCCGUUCCCGGCGGCGCCAGCCACCCAGCCGGCUGCGGGCGGAGAGAUGGCCGAAGGCGCCGCGAGCCAGGAGGAGCAGAGCCCCGAGACGCCGGACUCCCCCAGCCCCAUCUCUAGCUUCGUCAGCGGGUCCGGGAGCAAGCAGCUGCCGCAGGCCAUCAUCAUCGGCGUGAAGAAGGGCGGCACGCGGGCGCUGCUGGAGUUCCUGCGCGUGCACCCCGACGUGCGCGCCGUGGGCGCAGAGCCCCACUUUUUCGACCGCAGCUACGACAAGGGCCUCGCCUGGUACCGGGACCUGAUGCCGAGGACCCUGGAUGGCCAGAUCACCAUGGAGAAGACGCCCAGCUACUUCGUGACGCGCGAGGCGCCCGCGCGCAUCUCGGCCAUGUCCAAGGACACCAAGCUCCUGGUGGUGGUGCGGGACCCGGUGACCCGGGCCGUGUCGGACUACACGCAGACGCUUUCCAAGCGGCCGGACAUCCCCAGCUUCGAGAGCCUGGCCUUCCGGAACCGCUCGGCGGGCCUGGUGGACCGCUCGUGGAGCGCCAUCCAGAUCGGCCUGUACGCGGAGCACCUGGAGCGCUGGCUGCGCCACUUCCCCGCCCGCCAGAUGCUCUUCGUGAGCGGCGAGCGCCUGGUGCGCGACCCGGCCGGCGAGCUGGGCCGCGUGCAGGACUUCCUGGGCCUCAAGCGCAUCAUCUCGGACAAGCACUUCUACUUCAACCAGACCAAGGGCUUCCCCUGCCUCAAGAAGGCGGAGGGCAGCGGCCGCCCCCACUGCCUGGGCAAGACCAAGGGCAGACCCCACCCCGAGAUCGACGCGCAGGUGCUGCGGCAGCUGCGGGAUUUCUACCGGCCCUUCAACCGCAAGUUCUACCAGAUGACGGGCCACGACUUCGGCUGGGACUGAUGGCAUUCCCUUGGGCUUAGGAAAUAUUGAGAGAGAUUAUAUGUAUGUAAAAUGUACAGAAAUCUAUUUUAUAAUAAUUUAUUUUUAAUUCAUAAGCAAUUAAUUCACUAAGCUGCCUAGCCACACUCUUUUAGAGAGUCACGUAAUCUGUUAACAUUCCAAAGUGUUUUCUAAUAUUUUCUUCUCGUCCUCGCAAUGGAUGGUGCUUCCAUUUUUUUUUUCCUUUGAGUUUUCUUUCUACCCAUUGUAUUUAAAGAAAAGAAAAGCACAACUUGAGAUUUUUGUUGUUACGGGUAUGCAGCCUUCGAUCGCUGUCUGGAUGCGUUUGCCAUCUCCUUGUUCUGAAACUCCGGUCUCCCUGGCUGCCUGGCCACCUCUGGGAGCUCUGAGGUGACAGACCGCCACGUGGCAGCUUCCUCGGCCGCUUUCUGACACGUCCAAGGGCGCAGACUCCAGACCACAGCGCUAGGUCCACCCCCCCACCCCCACCCCCCCAAGUCCACUCAGCGCCCGGGAGAAUCACUACCUUGGCUGGGACAUCCACGUGCUCUUAGAGUCUGCUGGUGAGGGGGUCAAGGUCAUGGACUUUAGCUUUUGAUUUUGAAGGCUGCCCCCUUGCCUCCUCUUCUGCCCCAUCCCCAGUUCAUCAGCCGGCUUGAAGUGUAUGCAAAUGUCAGUCCCCUCCCCCGACUUUCCCAGGUCCUGUGCUUGGCUGCUGCUUUAGAAAUAAAGAUGUUCCCUUCUAAUUUGCAUGCGAGUGCAUCCUGCGUGCUCCGUUCUCAGGCAGACAGUUUCUGCCUUGACACACCAAAGAAUCCUCCUGGCUAGCAGAACGACCAGCACAAACCAGGGGUGCUGGGCGUCGAGACCUGAAGGGGUCAGGUGCCUCCCCUUCUGACUCCACCAAGAUGCCAGGACCAGCCCCUGUUUGGGGUCUGGAAUUCCUCUCCCUGGAAUUUCUAGCUCAUCUCAGACAACAUAGUCUGCAGCCAACCGCCAGACAGAACCAGGAGUGGCUCUUAUAAAAAGAGACUGGGAACGCUGGCCCCGUGUCGCUUAUGACACUCGAGCCUGGGCUGUCUCUUGUUCUAGCCAGGCCCUGGCAGGAGAGGUACCAGCCUUGUAGCUGCUGAUGUGAAAUGCUCUCCUCUGCUUCUCUCUGGAGGGAGCGGUGGGGUGGGAAGGCCGGGGGAGUCAUUUGAUGCUGACCAGCUAGUGGCUGUUGGGUAACCCUAUAGCAAUAUGACAUAAUAAUAGUCUCUUCACCUGAUCCUCAGUUUUCUAACCCAGAAUGGUUCUACCAUCAAAUAAUUGUCAUUUGCAUUAUACUUUCAUCAAGGAGUAUAUGGGAAGAUGUUGUCAACCUGGUUGGGUUGCAGUGGUUACAAAGGACACUUUUGUCUAUUCUAUGGGGUAACUCGCUUGCUAGAGAAGCAAAACACUGGUCUUGAAGGGAUGUCUUGUGGAUAAGCUGGAUUGUAUUUGCACACGUAGCUAGCUUGUGCUUAGCAGCAAAACUGUCAUCAUGUAGGUUGGGUGUAGGAGGAUGGACAUGGGGUGGGGGCAGGGAGCUGUGCAUUCCUGAGAUGCUAUAAUCAUUCGGUAGCUUUGUUACUGCCUCCACUAAGCCGAGGAGAACCUGCACUUAGGGGAAUGCCCAUAAUCACAGGGUGGUUCUCCCUUCUUGCUGCUUGGGUGUCAAAGACAUCCUCAUAAGGGUGCUAAUCAUACAUUUCUCCAAUCAGAAAGCUGAUUAGAAAUAAAACCAGGAACACCUCGUCUUUUCCGUGACAGCAGAGCAUGGCUUCAGGUCAGAGUCAGUCCACAGCCACCACCUGCUCCUGCCCCAUCUGCUUUCUGGCCGCUCUGGUGCCCUGCCGUGGCACGUGAUGUCCAGUUGCAGAGAAGUUCAGAGAAGGGCUUGCCACAAAGCAGUGGGAGAAAUGCACACAAGCUUCUCCUUCCCCUCCGGGUCCCUGCUUGUCUUUCCAAGCUGGACCAUUUUUGAUUAAGUUGUUUAUUCUCUGCCUUAAAACUGAAACAGGAAAUCCUCAGCUUGAAGGAGGGUCAUUUAGUCGUGAACACUGAAGUCAAGGUUCUAUUCUAGGUCAAAUCCUUGAAUCCAAACAGAUGUCGAUAAUUAGCACUGAAGGACUAGAGUGAGUUUUUCCAUGGAAGACAAAUAAAUCAGAUUUCCUGUGCAUCUCUUCCGAGGGGUCUGAGGGCUUGCGGUUUCUGACUGUUCCUGAUGGCUCCCAAGGUUACACCCCAUCGCGUGAUACUUAUUACAGGGCCCACAUGUCUUCCUCCUGGAGAAGUCAGGCAACACAUAAAAUCAGGCCUUAACUUUCUUCCUGUUCCAGCCAUCUGCAAGACCAGCAACUUAAUUUUUUCGCUGCUAGAAGGCAAACACCAUAUCACCUCUUGGCAAAUUUUGUCCUAACGCACGUUUUGGGUUUCUUCCAGGUUACAGGAAAAGCUCUGAUAUUCAUGGGGUACUCUUUGCUCCACUCAGUGUGUUUAAAAGCAAACAAAAGUGCUGAGAAAAAAAUUGGAGGUUUCUGUUGUUCCUAUCUAGCCCACGCUGUCUUUGAGGUGUUUGUCCGGUCGUCUGUGAACUUGGUAUGUGAGACCUGGAAAGGUGUUUAGGUACACUGACUGCAUCAUAAGCAUCUAGUUGGAAGAUGAAGGAGGAGAAAUUGUCUCCUUCCUCCCAGGAAGUCACUCUGAGUGACAGGUACAUUAUAGACAUUGGAGAAACAGAGUUUCCGAUCCUGCCAGGAUAUUUUCAUAAGAAAGGAAAAAUGGAAGAGUCCAUUCAACUAGAAACACUCAGUGUUGAAAAGGCCGAGGUAGAAGUCGAUAUCUUUUUCUUUUCAGUUGAUCAAGAAAGAUGGUCAAUAAAACUUCAAGGUGUGGUUAGAUUUUUUUUUUCACUUUUGUAACAUUAAUUUAUGACUAAGUUUCAUUCAGCCCAGUAAUCUGAAAUACUGUGCAAAUCCUAGCUGUUUCCUCUAUAACCUGGAUGUUAGAAUAGCCAAUAUGUACAAAAAGGGAAAAAAAAAUUAAAUCAAGUAUUUUGUCCUAUGUAUAACACAAAUUAAUUUUACACAGAAAAAGAUGUUUCUAGGAAAAUGAAAUUCUGGUAAUUCAUACUAUUUCU